GCCAGAAGCAAAACCGCAGAAAACAUGGCCGACAAAGAUCGUAUUCUAAUAAUCGGACCUACAGAUGUGGCGAAGCAUAGAUUACUACCAUUGAUUGAUGACUCUGUAGAUUGUGAAGAAGGGGCCAUCCAUAACCUACUGCUCAAGACGAAAUAUUACACAACGGAACUCGAUGCUUGGAUAGAUGACGUUGAAGAUUGGAAUGAAUGGACACAGAUUUUCCAGAGUGAUGAGGCCAAGGAGAUAAGGGACGUGAUACGAGGGGUCGUAAUAUGUUUCCCCUUUAGUUAUGGCGUUGAUAAGCUCAACAAAGUUAUUGACCUUGUUCAGAAAUUUGUCGAUACACUCAAGAUUGACGAGGAGGAAUUUCAAUGGCAAGGUCUGAUGUGCUGUGUUGGGUUUGGAGGGAUUGAUACGUUGGAGCAGUUUGAAGAAUUUGAGGAUAUAUGUUUAAGUAAAGGGUGGGAAUGCGUUGAUUUCGAGCCUAAAGACGAGUCAUUGAAAGCUGAAAAUCUUGGACCACAAAGGUUCAGACAGGUUGUUGAGACUAACUCGUGGACCAAUAUGGACAUGAUAACCCGCGAGGGUAAUCAUGAAAUGGAUUUGGAUCAUCUUGUCGCUGCGGUAAAAGACGCCAAGGAUCACAUAUCAUCUCUACCCACAGAUCAAAGACAUCAGCAUGCUAUAGAUUUUAUACAAUCACUCAACCUUGGUGGAUUCGAUGCGGAAGAACUUGAACAAGAGCCUCUUGUAUAGUUGGACUUUUGUUGGAAUGAACACCAAUAGGAUCAACUGGAUUGAAUGCUUAGCCCAUCCGUCAACAUAUUUCAGACCCAUAAACAGUAUUGCGAAUUCCAUCACAGAAUGUAAGGGGAAUUCCAGCACAUUCACAACUUGAAAAACUUGCACAAGCCAUUGAGGAACCCUUCCAAGGUUAGAUAACUUCUUAUAGUGAUAGAAAUACGCAACAACACCCGUAAAGGUGAUAUCUGCAAUGUAC